AUGAAGAACUCCACUAGCAUCAAUUAUCAGCCGUAUAUUGCAGCUCCUCAAGGUUACGCAAUACGUUCCAAAUUGGAUGGUCUCUUGGGCAAUCCGACAUUGCUAACGCAGGUGGCAAGUGACGUGUUCGUGUUGAAUACCAAAAGUGAACCGGAAAAAUCAGCGGUAGACGUGAGCCCGCCAAAUGAACGGCCAUUUCCCGGUCAUCCUUAUCCGGUCGACCCAGCCGAUGUAUGCUUGGAAUAUGCCUUGCUAGCAAUCGGAUUUUGCGUGUUGACAGUCAGAUACGCAGGUCCUUUCUAUUUUGCCAGCCGUCCGUUUGCACUGCUGUUUUCCGCAUACACCGCAACUAGCGGCCUGUUUCUGCUAAUCGAUUCAGCAACUAUGGACGUGUUGUACAAACUUGCCGUUGUUGGGGUCCGUGAACCUGGAGGAGCUAUCCUACUUGAUCUUGGGGAAGUGGACAAAACAUUCUCUCCAUUCUACUGCUUGAUUCUGAGUGCAUCAGCUUGGCCUGUCAUUCUUAUUAAUCUGAUGGCAGUCUAUGCUUACGGUGAAUCCCAGUUUGACCGAGCCAUAUCAAAUUAUAGCCAGUUGUUGACCUCCGGUGAUCUGCCGGUUCCAUGUACGUAUCGCCCCGGGACCAUUAGCAAACCAAACUGCAAUGGAACGAUUGCUGUCGCCGACUGUUUGACGAAUAACGCGCAGGAUUUGACCAACAUAUCUUUUGGAACAGACAACCAUCUGAUUGACGUCCAAGGAGAAGGAAAUUCUCAUGAAACGAUCCAUGGACUCCCAAUAACUCUUGCAGUCACAACGAAACUCUGGCGCCCACCACCACCGCCAACAUCUGGACGAGCUUCUCGUAUGGCGAAACGAAUAAACACACCCAUUCCCGGACAGUACACCUCAAACGGAAGUGAAGCGUCUGGUACAAUCAAGCGCAAUCAUGCACAGCUCAAUGGAACCGGGAGUGCGGAUCUCACGGAAUCCGUACACACGCUAACAGAGCUCAGUGGCCCCGGUAAAACCACGUCCGCCAGACGAUCCUACUUUGCUCUGUUGUUAGUUGCAGCUUGCUGUUUCUCUUGGUUGCUUGUAAGCCGCAUCUGCCUGGCUGGACCAAUCCUCAGAUGUUAUUGGAAGACCGGCCUGUCAAUCACCCUGACAAAUAUUCUUAUGACGGCAUUCUAUCUGAUUUGCUGGCUCCUUGUGUGGUUUGGCCUCGGUGUAAAGAAUGCAUGGCGAUUUCGUCUGUUGCAUACAGUACAUCCAGGUCUCGAAAUAUCAAAUCGGUUUGAAACCAACAGAAAAGAUACUAGUGCGUUCUCUUACCCCCAAGAAGGAACUCUAUUACCGAUACCUACGGGGUACCCUACAAUUUGGCCAUAUGUUACCUACGCACCCUGGCUGACGAAUGGUAGCCACAACAACAUGACGGGAGGUUUACCAGUGUCAAAUCCCAAUGAAGAAAACACGCCGAUCGCCAAUGGUAACAUGAAUAUCAUUCCUGAGACAGGUAGUGGGGGUGACUCUCUCUACGGCUGCUUCGCUGAUGUCAAUCAUCCCACAGAGCCAGGAUCGAUGGUGGGCGGAGACCAGUUUCAUGGACAGAUGCCUGGGAUUGGCUUACGCGUUGGCCCACCAACACUCUCAGAUGAAUCAGAUGGCGUCCCAGCUCCCACUGAAAGGCCUAGAACAGAUUUAGGCUAUGUUCAAACCCUUGCAGCCUCUGAAAGUUUUCCCGUAGGGCUGACGAAAUCCAAAAGCUUUCAGCUUUCGUCCCAACGCUCCUUUAGUCCCAACCCGUUCAAUAUUCCUGGUGAUGUGAGCUCCCGUGAAACAUCACCCGUGGAAAUGAUGAAUAUGUAUACCAACGGUUCUAGAAUAAAAAGCCAGAGGAUUUCUGCGGCACAGAAUAUGCUCUUGAAAUCAAAUAAUAGACAUGCAGAUGGCUUGGAACCGACCUAUGCAACAUUAGCCUCGCUUUCGAAACCAGUUAGGCCGCCAUCGAUCAGUUCGCAGCUUCCUGACUCAAGGGAAAUCUCACCCCCUGUGCCACUGAAUCGUAACCUUUCGUGUCGUAGGAAUGGCUCCCGGGUUACAUUUAAAGAAAACGAGAGUGAUAACUACAGAAACCAGCCAGAUGCUGCAACCGGCAGUAGUGACAGUGGAGUGUAUACAAACGGUCAUGGAGGUGGACCACCAAUGAGUGAACGUCAACCACGAUGUGGGCGUCUCAAACCCGAGUCCUUGGCACCGUUUGCAAACCGUUCGAUUAUGGGGGCAAGGGGAAAUUCCGUCACCCCUACAGAACAUGGUUUUUACGGGGCAAAAGAUCACCGCAUGUUGGAGGUGGAAAUGCACGGCGAUGGGAACCAGUCUCCUUAUAUGGUCAACGGGCAGACUACACUAUCUUCAUCCAACGAUCAACUGUGCAGCCAAGUCUAA